CGCGAGCAGUGUCUACUUGUCCCUCCAAGGGCUCCUAGGACUGGAAGGGGUUUGGGGGGUGGGGUGCACACCUUUUUUUUUUAAGAGAGGUUAGGUCGGGGCGUAAGGGAAAAUAGAAUACGAACUGGAACGUUAAAUGGAGCAUUUCAGAUGGCGAACAACAGGAUAACAAUUUCUUAGUCUAUUUUCUUCAGUUGCUUCGUUAGGUUAACUUCAUUUUUUGAAUGCUCAAUUUUGAAAUCGGCUAGCAUGUUUGGCAGAAUUUGACGGAAUUCAGGAGUAAAAGUUUUAUCGAAUACAAGUGCAUUUUAGUUGGGACACGCAUGAUGGAAUUUCUGAAGAACUGUGUACUUAGAAGAAAUGCAUGCACUGCGGUUCACUUCUGGAGAAGCAAAACUGUACGAAAGACAUCAGUAAUUAGAAAGAUUAGUACUACUUCUCCAAAGUGCACUGUCAUGCCCGCUUGGGUGAUAGAUAAAUAUGGGAACAAUGAAGUGCUUCGAUUUACUCAGAACAUGAUGUUCCCUAUCAUACACUAUCCAAAUGAAGUCGUUAUCAAAGUCCACGCUGCAAGUGUAAAUCCUAUAGAUGUUAACAUGAGAAGUGGUUAUGGAGCUACGGCUUUAAAUAUGAAGCGUGAUCCCUUACAUAUUAAAACCAAAGGAGAAGAAUUUCCUCUGACUCUGGGUCGAGAUGUCUCCGGUGUGAUAAUGGAGUGUGGUCUUGAUGUGAAGUACUUCAAACCUGGAGAUGAGGUCUGGGCUGCAGUUCCUCCGUGGAAACAAGGCACUUUCUCAGAGUUUGUUGUAGUCAGUGGGAAUGAGGUCUCUCAUAAGCCCAAAUCACUCACUCAUACUCAAGCUGCUUCUUUGCCAUAUGUGGCUCUCACAGCCUGGUCUGCCAUAAACAAAAUUGGUGGCCUGAAUGAAAAGAAUUGCACAGGAAAGCGUGUUUUAAUCCUGGGUGCUUCAGGUGGAGUUGGUACUUUUGCUAUACAGGUAGUGAAAGCAUGGGGUGCUCAUGUGACAGCAGUUUGCUCUCAGGAUGCCAAUGAACUUGUAAGGAAGCUUGGGGCAGAUGAUAUAAUUGAUUACAAAUCUGGAAACAUGGAGGAGCAGUUGAAAUCCAUAAAACCGUUUGAUUUUAUCCUCGAUAAUGUUGGUGGAUCUACUGAAAAAUGGGCUCUAAAUUUUCUCAAGAAAUGGUCAGGUGCCACGUAUGUGACCUUGGUGACCCCUUUCCUCCUGAACGUGGACCGACUGGGCAUAGCAGAUGGCAUGUUGCAGACCGGAAUCACCGUGGGCUCUAAGGCAUUCAAGCAUUUCUGGCAAGGAGUUCAUUAUCGCUGGGCCUUUUUCAUGGCCAGUGGCCCAUGUCUGGACGUAAUUGCAGAACUGGUGGAUGCAGGCAAGAUUCAGCCAGUUAUUGAGCAAACCUUUCCUUUUUCUAAAGUUCCAGAAGCCUUCCUGAAGGUAGAAGGAGGACAUGCACGAGGAAAGACCGUAAUUAAUGUAGUUUAAAUAAACACUCAAUUUAGUGAUUGUUGACUCUGUUAUUUGGGGUCUACAUGUGGGCUCCAGGAAACCCUGAUUGCGUAGUGGUUAAAGAGCUAUGGCUGCUAACCAAAAGGUUGGCAGUUCGUAUCCACUAGGCACUCCUUAGAAACCCUGUAAGGCAUUUCUACUCUAUCCUAUAAGGUCGCUAUGAGUUGGAAUCAACUCGACGGCAACGGGUUUGGUUUGGUUUUGGUUUGUGGGCUUGAACUUUUUUCUAGCAUCCCUUUUCGACCAUUUUCUCCAGGUUAGCCUAUAAAUUCCAUUAAGUUAAAAAAAAAAAAAAA